AUGCCGCUAUAUAGAGGAAACAGGACAAUUCCCGCAAAGCUGGCUCUUGUGUUUAACGCACACACGACAGAGUUUUCACCCAUUGUUACUCAAAAACGCCCCCUCAAACGCCCUCCCGACGCUUGCCCAUGGAUGUCCAAUCAGUCGUACGUUACGAUUGACAAUCCUCUUACGUUUUACGUACGGUUGGAAGCGCUGGACCAAACACUGCAGAAAUUUGGGGUUGGGAAUUCCGUUUUACGAGGUAUUUGGCUCCGUUCAUUCAGCAUGCCGGAUCAGGAUCAGAUAAUUUACUCUCUAAGUUAUGAUAUCCAAAGGCGAACCGGCUAUUUUGUGAGCAUCUUUAGCCUUUCCAAUAUAGUGCCAGGUACGGCUACAACUCACCAACAGCAUCUCGGAUAUAUCGCCAACCUAGAAUGUCUGGGAGCUACCGGCUCUGCUUCAUUCAACAAGCCCUUUCAGGCGGUGGAUCCCAGAGAUAGAGUGGUCUCAUUGCUCAGUCUUGCUAGAAAAACCGGAGCUCCAGGCCAGCGACUUUCUACAUUAGCGCCGAAUUACUGGAGGCGACUAUGGGAUAUCUACCUAAAUGUGAUAAUUCACACCGCCCAGGGUCCUGAAUCCCCUUCUUGGGUAUCUCGGUGGGAUUUACCUCACAGCACAAUCUUAAGUGCAAACACCGUGCCCCAAAACACAGGAGGGUGGAGAACGCUGGUAGAGAAAUUCAACGAAGCUUCGAAAUAUCUUCGCUAUCCAGACGAACAUCAUUCUUCCAAAAUUCUCGCUGCCGAGCCCCACCUUAAGGUCCUCGAGCAGGUUAAGGGACUAUGCAGUAUAAGCCAUAGCUCGAGUGGUCUCUCUCGCCAGACAGCGGGCAUUAGAUCUGACAAAAGAGACGCACACAACGAAUCUCUUGAAUAUUUCAAAAGACCUGAAUCCGCGACCGACGUCGGUUUAAUGCAGAGUAUUCCCACAGUACUGAAAUAG